AUGCGAUGCGCGAGCAAGGCCGCCGAGAGCGCGUCCGCACGUCUCUGUGCGGACGCCGAAGCAGAAACCACAGCAACUGAUGUUUCAUUGGUUGCUGAAGCGACUCAGCCUGUACACCUGGUGAUGCAGGCGCUAGUCACGAAGACACUCAUGUCUUCACAGAGUAUGAGCUCGGUGUCUCAUACUCUCCCGAUACUGAAGAUGGAUCUGUAUCAAAGGCGAUCGAAACCAAGCCGCCUGCCAAGCGUGGCAUGGAUGAUGCUACGCGUCGUAGCAUCUUUGGUUCAUCAGAAGAAUCAGAUGAACCAUCGCCGAAGCGAAGGCGCUCGAGGUCGCGAGACUCGGGCGCUCACAGUGGUGUCAUUUCUCCUAUUGACACCACUUCGCAGCGAGGUGCCAGUACUUCUGUCGGCACGUCGCAAGAAGAGCGGGACCGCAACGUGUUGCGUCUCGCUCCGAGAAGAAGACAUGGAUGCCUCCAAAAUCCGUCAUGGAUCGCUUGUCGGCGACGACGAGUGA